GCCAUUCGAAAUGCAACCAGUCGCGGCGUGGUUAUAUCGUAGAGCGUUCAUGUUGUGUUCAUUUAUAAAAUGAGAAGGUGUUCUAAGAGUUUAUAAGUGAGAAUUUGUAUUUAAAAAGUAGAUUAAAUAUUUUGUAUUUAUUUAAGUGACAUUUAAUAAUUAAAUAAUAAUGGUGCUCACGCUUGUUCGGUUGGGAAUUCGUUCCAUUAGUUUGAAUUUGGAAAGGAGUGCAGCUCUCGUAUCCAGUGCCCAUAGUCAAUUGAAGCUAAUCCACACUAAGCCAGUAUGCAAUGGGAGCGUCUGCUUCCUACAAGAGAAGCAGAGGGAGUAUGAGUUGGCAGAGCAGGUGUCCAGUUUGAGGAGGAACUACAGCAAGCAGCACGGUCGGCCCGAGGAGGACAGGAGGAAACAGCAGUCCGACAGCGAUUCCGAUUCUGAUACCGAAUGCAAGGGUUUUGAUAGGUCGGAGUUCUGGAGACGCAAGAUGCGAACCGUCCACAACAUCCUCGACAUAGACAAGGACGGACUGAUCUCAUUCAAUGACUUCGUGCUGUUUUCCGAGAGGUUCAAGUCUUUGGGCCACCUGGAUCAGCAACAGGCCGAAGACUUUUCCAACAUUAUUAAGUUAACUUGGGAGGAGCAGUGGGGUGCAGUCGACCCGUACAACUUCGUGACAGUGGAACAGUAUUUGGAAGAUAUGCAUCACGUACUCAAUGACAAAACACUGAAGAAAAAGGCGCACCGUUGGCUGCCGUAUCUGUUCAAAGCUGUAGACAAAGACAAGUCAGGCUACAUAUCCGUAAAGGAGUUCAAGUUGUUCUUCGAGUGCUUGGGUCUCGACAAUGAACACGCUGCUGUGGCGUUUGCAGUUAUUGAUACCAACGGUGACGGCAAAUUGUCAAUGAAAGAAUUUGUGAAGCUCGGAAAGGAUUACUUCAUCACAGAAGACGAGACUAAGGUGUCCAAAAUGUUUUGGGGCCCGCUCAGCGAUGUUUGAGAGCUUAUAUUUAAUAUGUUUAAGAUAAAGUGACUGCUAAGAAAGUUUUAAAAUGAGACUCAAAAGGAUAUAAUUAUUCAAUUUAAGCUGUUUUAUAAAAUGAUAUUUUAUCUGAAAUUAUUGUAUUUAUAUAUAUUUAUUAAGUGGUUAAUUACAGUAGUCGCAUCCAAUGGUCAUAACAAAAGAUUUUGAACUUAAAUUUUGUAAUGAAGUACUACAGAAAUUCUUAUUAACUAAAAUUGGUGUAACACCGUUCGAUGUUUGAACGAAUGUACCUCAGAACUCGUAAUACAAACCACACUUGCAACAACAAUUCAGAAUUUUACACAUUUAAUAUGAAAUUAACAAUAUUCCAAUAAAAAUUGUCCACCUACUAUAUUAAAAUUGUGACUUAGCGGCCUCGUUUAUUCUUCGGCGCGUGUAAGUUUUGCCAUUCAGCACUUUUUAAGGGCUGUGCACUGCAUAUGUAGGCUGGUAUAUUUUUAUUGAUGGGGACAAAAAUAUUGUGUAUCCCAAAUACUACAUUACCCUUAAACCUCUUAGAUGUAAAAAAAUAUAGGAACUCAUUUCCAUUUUUAUAAUUUUGACAUUUAUGUGGGUGGUUUUGACAAUUAUUUUUACUUAAGGAAUCACAAUGAAAGUACAUCAGAAUCCUUAUUUUUUUGUUAUAAUUUUAGAUUUAUAUCAAUUACUAUAGAUUUGAUUAUGUAAAGUAAUUGCAGUUCUCAAUAGAAACUGAUUGAAUUUGAAUUCUGUUACAUAAAAAAUAACAACAUACCAGAUGGUACAAUGUUGCCAUAUUCUUAAAAAAUAUAUGUAUAAUGUAAGAUCUAUAAAAUAUUGUAACCAUUACGCUCAUAUUUUUUAAUUAUAUUUCUUAGUGUCUGCUAAUUAAGAUGGAACAACUUAAAAAUUAGAUUCUUAGUCUAUGACAAUGCACUGUUAGUUAAACAGUAUAAAAUCGUGUAAUAAUUAGUCUAUGGUGUAUUUUUUGUGAAAAAAAAUAUGAGCCAAUAAUAUGCAUAGAUUAAGGUACGUAUAUGAUGUAUUUUUUAUACAUUCUUUCUUGUCUAUGUAUUAGAGUUAUGUCCUAGAAGACUAUAAAAUCUAUGUCUGAUAUAUCAGCAUUCCUAUUUUAUAAAUAUUGAGAAGUCAUUCGAUUCUGAAUGACAAAUGUUGUGACGAAUCUCAAUAAAACAUUGAAAGGA